AUAUUAUUAUUAUUAUUGUUACUUGCCAUUAUUCAUCAAACAAUUGUCAGGAGAAAUAAUAAUAAAAAAUAAAAACAACGAGAGGAGUAAACAACAACACCCACUUUAGUUGUUAUUAUUUAUAUUGAAUUUAAAAAUAUUGGAUAAUUUAUUAAUAAACAAUGGUAUCACUAUUCUUCUCGCAGCCCAUGACACCCGUGAUGACUGGACUGGAAGAGCAGGAAAAACUUCUCGAGGAAGCCAUUGGAAUUGUCAAAAAUCAAGCAUUCAAAAUGAAAUACAGUUUGGAUGAAGGAAAAGCCAUGGAUGCCCUUAAACAUGCAUCAACAAUGCUUGGUGAAUUGAGAACUUCAUUAUUAAGUCCAAAAAGUUAUUAUGAACUUUAUAUGGCAAUAACUGAUGAACUACGUCAUUUGGAACUUUAUUUACUUGAUCAAUAUCAAAAAGGAAUUAAAGUUACUGAUCUUUAUGAACUUGUUCAGUAUGCUGGUAACAUUGUUCCACGUUUAUAUUUACUCAUCACUGUUGGCCUUGUUUAUAUUAAAAAUAAUCCAUGUUUAAAACGUGAUCUUCUUCGUGAUUUAGUUGAAAUGUGUCGUGGUGUACAGCAUCCAUUACGUGGUUUAUUUCUUCGUAAUUAUCUUUUACAAUGUACUAAAAAUAUAUUACCAGAUGUAACUGAUGGUGAUGAUGAGGAAGGUACUGUACGUGAUAGUAUUGAUUUUGUUCUUAUGAAUUUUGCUGAAAUGAAUAAAUUAUGGGUACGCAUGCAACAUCAAGGUCACAGUAGAGACAAAGAAAGACGUGAACGUGAACGUGAAGAAUUGAAGAUUCUUGUUGGUACAAAUCUUGUACGUUUAAGUCAAUUGGAAUCAGUUACAUUGGAUAUUUAUAAAAAAUUAGUAUUGCCUGGAAUAUUGGAACAAGUUGUCAGUUGUCGAGAUGCAAUUGCACAAGAAUAUCUUAUGGAAUGUAUUAUACAAGUAUUUCCAGAUGAAUUUCAUUUACAAACAUUGAAUGCAUUUUUAAAAUCAUGCGCUGAAUUAAAUUACGGUGUAAAUGUUAAAAAUAUUAUAAUAUCAUUGAUUGAUAGAUUAGCAACAUUUAGUCAAAGAUCUGAUGGUGUUGGUGGUCCAGGAAGUCCAACUCAAAUACUUGGUAUACCUCAGGAUGUACAAUUAUUUGAUGUAUUUAGUGAUCAAGUUGCAACAAUUAUUCAGACACGAACAGAUAUGCCACCAGAGGAUAUUGUUUCAUUACAAGUUGCUCUUAUUAAUUUAGCACAAAAAUGUUAUCCUGAUCGUGUUGAUUAUGUUGAUAAAGUAUUAUCAACAACAGUACAAAUAUUUAAAAAAUUAAAUCUUGAAAAAUUAGAAUAUAAUAGUGCAGUAUCACGUGAAUUAUCAAGAUUAAUGAAAAUACCAAUUGAUAAUUAUAAAAAUAUAUUGACUGUAUUAAAAUUAAAUAAUUAUGCACCAUUAUUGGAAUAUUUUGAUUAUGAAGGAAGAAAGCUAUUGGCUGUUUAUAUUAUAACAAAUAUAUUAGAUAAUGAAACAAUGAUACCAACACAAGAACAAGUUGAUGCUGUAUUAACAAUAAUAUCACCAAUUGUACAGGAUCAAUCUGAUCAGCCAAAUAUUGAUGAAGAUCCAGAAGAUUUUGCUGAAGAACAAGGUCUACUUGGAAGAUUAAUACAUCAUUUUAAAUCAGAAACAGCUGAUCAACAAUACAUGAUUUUAAGUGCAGCAAGAAAACAUUUUAGUGCUGGUGGUAAUAAAAGAAUUAAAUAUACACUUCCAGCAAUUGUAUUUCAAGCAUAUCAAUUGGCAUUUACAUAUAAAGCUCUAAAGGAUAAGGAUGAAAUGUGGCACAAAAAAUGCAAUAAAAUAUUUCAAUUUUGUUAUUCAACAAUAACAGCUUUAAUAAAAGCUGAACUUGCUGAAUUACCAUUACGUUUGCUUCUUCAGGGUUCACUUGCUAUUGGUGAAAUACGUUUUGAUAAUUAUGAAGUUGCUGCAUAUGAAUUUAUGAGUCAAGCAUUUAUUAUAUAUGAAGAUGAAAUAAGUGAUUCAAAAGCUCAAUUAGCAGCAAUAACACUUAUUAUUGCAACAUUUGAACAAACAAGUUGUUUCAGUGAAGAAAAUGCUGAACCAGUUAGAAAUCAGUGUGCAUUAACUGCAAGUAAAUUACUUAGAAAACCAGAUCAAUGUCGUGGUGUUGCAACUUGUUCACAUAUAUUUUGGUCUGGUAAAUCAUUAGCAACUGAAGGAAAAGAGAUGCAAGAUGGAAAUAAAGUUUUGGAUUGUUUAAAAAAAGGAAUAAGAAUAGCAAGUCAAUGCAUGGAUGCAUCAGUUCAAGUUCAAUUAUUUGUUGAAUUAUUAAAUCAUUAUAUUUAUUUUUAUGAAAAAGAAAAUUCAUCAGUUACUGUUCAAAUAUUAAAUCAAGUUAUUGCAAAAAUUAAGGAUGAACUUCCCAACUUGGGAGUUAGUGAAGAAACAGAACAAAUUCAAAAACAUCUUGCCAAUACAUUGGAUCAUUUGAAAAAUAGAAUGAAAUCAUCUGACUCUGAAGGACAACCAUAUUAUGGUCUUUCUCUUUAAUUUUAUUAUUAUUAAAUUUAUUUAAUUCUAUUAACGGCAAUAUUUUAUUAUUUUAAACAAAAAAUUUUUAAUGUCAAAUUAAUUAAUUUGACUUUGAAUGAAAUAUGAAAAAAAACAUAAUUAAACAUGAUUUGGUCUAGUAGUAAUAUAAAUUCAAACAUAGAUAAUAAAAUGACAUUUUUAUUGAUAUCAUUAUUGAGAUGAAAUAAAUAUACUUUAUUUGACAAAAAUA